AUGCAUUCACAUUAUCGUAAUUUUAAGCCCACCGAUUUUGGAUUGAAUCGCAUCAAUGCUCUUCACCGUGACUUAGAAAUGUCUGACCUCGUAAAUCAUACUCCCACUACUGCGAAUUUUUUAGCUCCGACACCUGGACAAUUGUUAUCACUUACCUCUAAUUUGUCAUUUGACUCCGGGAAGUUUUCAAUAGACCUCGACGGGUCCAUUACUGAAAUCGACACUUCAUACGACGCUGGCAUAGUUGACGAGGUUUUUGAGGCACCCAGUGGAGGAAGCAGCUACCACACCGCUGAAUCCUCGAGAAAGUUAUCUACAACUAGCAGAGACACCGAGUCUACUUUUGAGGGUGACUCCAGGAGCAUAAACAGCCCAUCAUCAAAUUUUUUGGUCUCGUUUUCUCGAGGAACUAAAAGAAAAAGAGGCUCAUCCUCGACGGGACUCACCAGGGAAAUUCUUUUAAUGGGCCUGGAUGCUAAUUUGACUCCCAAAAGACCCAACAGAGGACUAUUGACCAGGACAGGAAGCUUUAGUGGAGAAAUUCUUAGAAGAAUAGACGAAAACCCGGAGACCGGAAAAUACAAAAAUGAAGCUCGAGUUGCUUUUAAAUUGGGGGAUCUAGAAAAAGAUAAAAAAGCGACCAGAUUCGAGCUUCCAGAGACAUCUUCUGCUGCUGCUGCUGCUGCUGCUGCUGCUGCUGCUGCUGCUGCUGCUGCUGCUGCUGCUGCUGCUGCUGCUGCUGCUGCUGCUGCUGCUGCUGCUGCUGCUGCUGCUGCUGCUGCUGCUGCUGCUGCUGCUGCUGCUGCUGCUGCUGCUGCUGCUGCUGCUGCUGCUGCUGCUGCUGCUGCUGCUGCUGCUGCUGCUGCUGCUGCUGCUGCUGCUGCUGCUGCUGCUGCUGCUGCUGCUGCUGCUGCUGCUGCUGCUGCUGCUGCUGCUGCUGCUGCUGCUGCUGCUGCUGCUGCUGCUGCUGCUGCUGCUGCUGCUGCUGCUGCUGCUGCUGCUGCUGCUGCUGCUGCUGCUGCUGCUGCUGCUGCUGCUGCUGCUGCUGCUGCUGCUGCUGCUGCUGCUGCUGCUGCUGCUGCUGCUGCUGCUGCUGCUGCUGCUGCUGCUGCUGCUGCUGGAGAGCGGUCACCACAAGGAGUUUCUCCGAUAAAAACUCCUGCGGGAAGUUUACAAGAUGCUAAUUUUACAACACCAUAUAGAACUCCGAAAAGUGUGAGGAGAGGGGAAGACAAGUCGGACAGCAGGAUUCUUGGUACUCCUGACUAUUUGGUACCAGAGUUACUCAGGAAGCAAGGUCAUGGCGCUGCAAGGGACAUUCCUUGGCCUGAAGGCGAUGAGAUUUUGGGAAAACACGCGUUUCAAGCGAUUGAUAGCUUGUUGACGUUGGAUCACAAGGAGAGGCCGACGGCUAAGGAGGUCAGAAAAAUGGAGUUUUUAAGUGAAUUUCCUUGGGAUAAACCUGAAGAAGCUGUCCCCCUUUUUGUAUCCAAGCCUGAUGAUAAUUGGGAUACUUGCUAUUUUCAAGCUCGAAAUAUUAUGCAGCAUCUAAAUGUUAGUAGCUGUGAAAGUUGA